CGCACGCACACCUGAGUCCUCGGGUCCUCCUCGCUUGUCCCCAGCCCGGUGUGUCCUGCGAGCCCAUGGAGCCGGCUCCCAGUGCGCCUCCGGGGGACGGCGCUGCUGAGGCGCUACUGAGAGAGCUGGAGCGUCAGGUGCAGGAUGUGGUGCGGGCGAGCUCGUGGUGGGAGCGCCACGGUGUGGACUGCGCCAUCCUCGCUCUCAGCCUGCUCGCCUUGCCGGCCGGGUUCCUGUGCCUACGCUUCCAUAAUAUCCUGGCCUUUGUCACUGGCAUCACAAUCUUGGGUGUGUGCCAUUACACACUCACGGUCAAGGGCAGCCACCUUGCUACUCACAGUGCCCUCACAGAGUCCAAACGCUGGAGCAAGAUCUUGAUGGUUUUCUUUCUGGAGGUAUGCACAGCCUUUCCUGCAGAGUUCGCUAAGUUCAACCAUGUCAAUAUGCACCACGGUUACACCAACGUGGUGGGUCUGGGAGACUCGAGCACAUGGAAGAUGCCACUCCUCAACCGCUACGUCUACAUGUUCCUCGGGCCGCUUUUGGUCCCCAUCCUGACGCCACUGGUAGCUCUGGAGCAUUUGAGGAAGGAAGAGCUGAGGACGGCCCUGCGGGCUUUGGGCUUCAUUUGCUUGGGCCUUUACUCUCAGUACUGGCUGUUCAUGAAUGUGUCGGGCUUCAAAGACCCCAGUUCAGCACUGGUCUGCAUGCUGCUCGCCAGAUCCCUGCUGGCCCACCCCUAUCUCCAUGUCAAUAUCUUCCAGCACAUUGGAUUACCGAUGUUCUCACUGGAAAAGAAGCCCAGGCGGAUUCACAUGAUGACCCUGGGUGUUCUGAACCUGCCGCGGCAGCCGGUGCUGGACUGGGCAUUCGGCCACUCCCUCAUCAGCUGCCACGUGGAGCACCACCUCUUCCCUUGGCUCUCUGACCACAUGUGCUUGAAGGUGAAGCCCUUGGUAUCGAAGUUUCUCCAUGACAAGCAGCUGCCCUAUAAUGAAGACUCAUACCUGGCUCGAUUCCAGCUGUUCCUCAAUCGCUAUGAGGAGUUCAUGGUGCAUGUCCCGCCCAUCACUGAGCUGGUGGGGGUGCAAUGAAGGCUGGGUGCCCUCCCUAGCCCGGUCCUGGCUCUCCUGUACUGUUGGCCCUGGGUGGGGGGUGGAGGGGGACGGGACUGGUAAACCUGGAACUGUCCUGGGAUUUGAGUUAAGGGAGACGGCUGGGAGAAGAAAAGAAAGCGAUCCAGAGGCUGUGUCCUGAUCCACCUACGCCUCAGCUGACUCCAUCUCAGCAUCCUUCCUUCUGCUGCAUUGGAGCCAGAGGGUAGGGCUAAGGGGACUGGUGACAGGUGAGGUGGGAUCCUAUGUCCAGUAGGACUCAGACCUCCUUGGUGCCCAGGCUGCUGCUUCCUCCUGAACCUUCUGAGGUUCUAGUCCCCGGGGCCCUCACCCUAGGGUCAACAGGGUGAGGUCAUUAUUUUUAGCAGAUUCUCUCGCCCCCCGGCCCCCUGCUCUUGAACUGAAGGAGUCUGUGCCUCACUGGGCUCAGCAGCUCCAGGACCUGCAGACUCAGUGAGAUGAAAGGGAGUCUAUUUCCAGGGAAGUGCUCCAGAGGGGAGCAAAUGCAGGUGCAAAAUUGGAGAACGCACUGCCAGCUUUGAGCGUGACCUUGGCUAGCUCUGAACAACUCUGCUUUGUUCCAUGUUCAGAAGACUCCAACCUGGGUGACAGAAUGACUGAGAGGCUGGAGAGGGUGACCUGGAACUGGGCUAGGAGGGCAGAGAGGAAUGAAAAGGGGUGAUGGGUGGGGGUGGGAUGAUAUAGGAGAGUUGAAGACAAGGGCUAGGCUUGGCUAUGGGAGGGUUGCAAGCUGGGUGGAAAUAUGGUGGAGCCACUGAUGCCAAACCUAGGAGGAAGCCAAGCUGGGGAACAACACUGAGAUCCAGCCAAACGGGGAACGGAGAGAGGCUGGACACUGCUUCAGCCAGACGGUAGAGCAGAGAGGUUCAUGGAAGGGCCCAGCGGAGACUGAAGGAAGGACAGAUGAGGUUAGACCUGAAUGCACCAGGAGGCCAAGGCCAUUGUUAGGUCAUAGCCUAGCUUCUUGCCUUCCCCCGGCUGACAUUUUCUUUGGCUAAUUCUUGGCAGGCUGUGCUGAGCACUGGCUCCUACUGACUCGAUGCUGGGACCCCAAAUCCUGAUAGUCAAAAAUGUCUCCUGGUAUAGACAACUGUCUCCCAAGUGACAAAACUGUUCUUGAUUGAGAACAUGCAGGCUAUUCUUCUAGUUACCUCACUGGAUGGAAGGGUGUGUUGCCCUGGUGAUGGGAGGGCAAACUGGGAUGGGCCUGUUGGAACCCAUCUCUGGGGGCAGAUGUUGCCUAGACAGAUGCAGCUGCCACUGGACUGACAAUCCUUCCUGUCUUCUCCCGGCCCUCCUCUAGCGGAGAGCACAGCUUCUCCCAGGGCUCUUUCCUCCAGCUAUGGCUCUUGGGCAGCCUCUCCCUUGGUCUGCUUCUGGGCAGGGUCUGGCCUGGCAGAGCUUUUAGCUGCUGCUGGCCCUUAGGUGCUUCUCUGGCUUCUUAUCUCUGCUCAGGACUCUUCACUCAUCCCUGUUGAGUGUGAGCCAUCUGUUCACUGCUGGGAUGCUGGGACGCUCGCUCACAGCAGUUUUGGAUCCAAGCCACCCCCUCCUGCUUUGCUGUAGACUAUUGCUGCUCAUCUGAAAUGCAUUAGCAUUCAGUUCAGGAGGGGCCUUAAGGUCUGAGCGUGUGAUUGAUUCAUCAACGGCAAAUUCUCCCUCUGAAAAAUGCAGAAAAGGGUCCUGGCAGCAUACCGUAAGCUAAUGAUUAAAACUAUCCAAAUAUACCA